AUGUCAUCAUCAAACGAAUAUGAAUACGAUUACGAAUAUACUCGUUUGGCAACACUAAUCACCAAGCGUAUCGAAAGCUAUAUCGCCUACUGCGUCGAACAGCUCGACGACGAGAUGACCUGGCGAGACCUGAAAAGCCUCGCCCGUGGCCUGAAAGCGAUGGUCGUCGAUCAACUCGGUUGGGACCCAGAAUCGGCUACCUUGGCCUUGUUCGAUAUUAAGAUCAAGAACCAUUGUUGGAAGCUAUCAACCAAGCAUGGGAUUGAUUCUACCUCUGGGAAAGCUUUGCAGAUCAACUGUGAUAUGGAAGAGACUGGCGAGAUGCAACAUUUGGUAGAGCUGUCUAGCAGUCAGGAUAGUUUCGACGGACAUGUCAGUCAGAUGGAGAUGUACAAGUUUAUGGGAGUUAGUUCGAAGAUCAAGCUAGCGGACCUGAUCAAGAAACCAGAAGGUACCGCACAUGCUACCGCCUCUUCAAGCAAGACGAAGACGACGAUCAAAGCACCUAAAAAGAAGAGGACCAGUGGGAGUAGCGUCGAAUCAGCUGUGGCGAGCGGUAGUACGAGCGAGAAUAGGAAGGCGAGCGGCACGAAGAGGAAGAGCGACGCACUUCAAGAAGCAGGAUCGUCAAUCCCGGCCAAUAUCGAAUCCAAGGGAGAUGGUAAUGGAGGACAAGGAUUGAUCGUCAAUGCAAGCGGGACUAUCGAGCAGACUCAAGGAUCGGUAUCUAACGGAGACGAUUGGAGGAAAACGGAAGCUGAGAAGCACGGGGUCAUCGUCGACAGUUCGAUCUCCACUAUCGUCCCGCAGAUGCCAGGUGAACAAGACCCACAGAAAGAACUUGAUACUCAUCCGACAGAGGAUAAAGCUAGCAACAAGCGACGCAAGCUGGACAACGCCGUCGAUAACGAGGAUCAAGAAUGA